GGCCAAACACAAUCUUCACAAAGAGGGGGUUGUGUUGUAGCUGGCAUACAGUAUGCCCCAAAGGGAAAACAAAAGAGAGGGGUGCAGGGACAGCAGGGUUUGUUGGGUCACUCUAGGUUAAUGAAUUUUCAGAGCAAGGCGGAAUAAUGUUUUGUGACAGCCAUUAAAUCUGUGAAGAUAGUUUACUAAUUUCCAUCAUCACACAACAGAAGGGCGUAUAGAGAGAGAGAGCUAGAGAGGUGGGGGUUCCACAGGACAGAUGAACCCCCAGAAUACAACAAAACAAACAACAGUAAAUGUCACUGUCACUAUCACAGUGUCACUUUGUUUUUCUCUCUGGAAUGUUCCUUUUCGGGUGUCAUGCUGUCCUGAAGGAAUUAAUUAAGACGAUAUGGAAAGCGGUGGACUAAACCGUACUGUAGAGAGGCAUUGAGUUUUGGGUAGACAAACAAAUCCACCCCUGUGUUUGGACUACUCCUUCCGUGCUGAUAACCCCUCAACAGUCGACUCAUUUCUCUGCAAAUCAUCGUGAUGACACUGUACUCUAUGUGACUGAGGUCCUGGUGGCGGUGAAGAAUGAGGUCUGUUAUGGUAGUGUCUGGAGGGGAGAAGGGCCCGCGGUCUCGCGUGGGCCCGAUGAGAUGGCUGCUGUGCCUGGGUGGCCAGCACAUGGAGGACCCAGUGGACGCCAACCCUGGGGUGUGGCUCCAGAGCUUCCAGCUGCUGGACAUGGAACAUAACGACCAGGAUCCUGUGCAGGAGUGGGCCGACGAGCUAGAGGAGGACAUCGUGUAUGGUGUCACUCUGCGCCGCGAGCCGGUCCAGUCCCCCACUGAACCAGACGAGGCCCAGCCCGUGUCUAGCUUUAUUCAGUACCGGACCCAUAAGGUCCGCAGGGUCAAGGCCGCCACCUUAGACCGCCUGGUGGGCCAGCUACUGGACACAGAAUGCCAGGACCCUGACUACGGACGCAUCUUCCUCUCCACUUACCGAGCCUUCACAACCCCCAACACCCUUAUUGAGCAGCUGUUCCAGAGAGAUGACAUGGUUGUGAACCUGGACAACGGCGUCUGCCUGAGAAGAGAAGUACAAGGUAUGACGUUUCAUCCACUGGUCUGUUUCUCGCCCAACAGCCCUCUGCUGCCCCUGAUCAGCAUGUGGCUGGAGGACUACAAGGAGGACCUGCGGGAGCCUCCGCAGCACCAGGCCCUCAGGGUGCUCUGCGUCCACCUCACCCACCGCGUCUGCUUCCGCCGCCUCGCAGGCCAGGCCAAGGCCCUCCUCAGGAAGUUCCAGGAUGAAGAUAACCACACCAGCGCUGCUGCCUCUGCCCCAGAGCCCUGUGUCGCUGCCCAGGAGGAGGAGGAGGAAUCAGGGGAACUCACAGGGGAACUAGGCAGCAACCUCAAAGACCCAGAGAUACCGCAUCAGUUCAUGGACUUCACAGAACAAGACAUCGCAGAGCAGCUAACACAACUGGAUGCUGAGCUCUUUGUUAAAGUCGUCCCGUUCCACUGCGUCGGUUGCGUCUGGUCCCAGCGAGACAAGAAGGAGAACCGCGAUAUCGCCCCGACCGUGCGCGCCACCAUUGCCCAGUUCAACGCCGUCACCAACCGGGUCAUCACCUCGCUGCUGUGCUACCCCACAGAGCCCGUCUCCUCCAGCGGCCCCGCCCAAAGGGCGAAGGUCAUCGAGAAGUGGAUCACAGUGGCCAAGGAGUGCAGGCAGCUGAGGAACUUCUCGUCCCUCCGAGCCAUCCUAUCAGCGCUCCAGUCCAAUGCAGUCUACAGGCUGAAGAAGACCUGGACGGCUGUCAGCAGGGAGAGCCUUGAAGCCUUUGAUCAACUGUGCGAGACGUUCCCCGAUGAGAACUGCGUGCUGACCAGCAGGGAGAUCCUGGUCGAGGUGGACAGCCCCUCAGCAGAGGGUAACCCUGCACCCAAGUCCCCCAAACUCUGUCCUCUGUCCAGGCAGCUUGGCACCAACAGGGGGAUAAUUCCAUAUCUGGGCACUUACCUAACCGUUCUCACCAUGCUGGACACCGCGCUGACCGACACAGUUGAGGGCGGGCUCAUCAACUUUGAGAAGCGGAGACGGGAGUUUGAGAUCGUCGCCCAGAUCAGGCAGCUCCAAGCCUCCUGCUCAAACUACCGGCUGAAGCCUCACCCACACAUCAGCUCCUGGCUGGCAGAGGGCAGUCUGCUCACCGACCAGCAGAGCUAUGAGCUGUCCCAAGAGCUGGAGCCCCCGGUGGACCCCUGUCCCAACUCACCCAGCUGGAGCCACCGCCUCAUCUCCAAGAAGAUCACCUCGCUGCUGACCAACAGUGAGAGUUCGGGCAGAAAGACCCACGCCGACCAGAUCAGUGUUUCCUCGUCUGGAUCCAGUGGCUCUGAGAUGGAGGACAUGUCCAGCCCCAGCGCCUCCCCUCUCAGACUUAAACUCCAGUCUCUCUCCAACUCCUGUCAGAAUGUGGCUGAAGACUUCUCCUCGUGCUCCUCGACGUCCCCCACUCCCUCCAGCUCCUCCAACAGCUCCUCCCAGACCGACCUGACACCCCUCAGCCCCGACAGCUCUUCCUCCUCCAUCUCCUCCUCAUCCUCCUCAUCCUCUUUUUCUCCACCUCCAUGUGCCCGUCUCCCCGUCUACAACAAGCAGGUGGCUGACUCCUGUAUCGUGCGGGUCAACGUGGAGUUUGGCAACAACGGCAAUGUCUACAAGAGCAUUCUGCUGACGAGUCAGGAUAAGACCCCCCAGGUGGUUCAGAAGGCUUUGGAGAAGCACAACCUGGAGGGGAUGGACUGCCACGCCUUCAGCCUGAGCCAGGUGCUGUCCCAAGACAAAGAGUUGUUGUUCCCAGACAAAGCCAACGUGUUCUAUGCCAUGUGCACGUCGGCCAACUAUGACUUUGUGCUGAGACAGCGCUGGAGGAAUCACGGCAGAACCCUGGGCUCAUCCUCCAGAUCCCUGGGCUCAUCCUCCAGCCCGUGCCCCGUGGCUCGAGUGCGGCACGGCAAAUGAAAACCACUGGCUGUUGGUCUGCCGUUACUCUCUAGCUCUCUAGCUCAAGAGCGCCCCCCUGCUGCUAAUAUGUAAAACUACACGAGGAGAAGUGCAGCACACACACCUGCCUUUCUGAGGAGAUGUGUGCAGAUUGCACAAUAGUUAGAAUAUUUUUUUUAUUAACAUAAAAUGUCAGGUUAGGGAUCCCAUCUGAUCUCGGACUCACAGAAAAGGAAAGAGCGUGGGACACGUGCAAUGAACAGAGCGGAAACAGAGGAAGGCUCAAGUCACUCGGGCGCUAGCUUUGGAGUGGGACAGACAAGGACACACAUUGGAAUGGUGCUUAAUGGAAGGCCAACACUCCUUUCUCUCCAAGGCAGCAAUGUUUGACGUAAACAUCUCCAGCACUUUAGUACAUCAUCUGCAAAUCACUGCACUAGCAGUUCUGCCUCUGCAGCUCGUUCAAUGGAGGGUCUUUACGAUGAUCUACAGUGAGAAGGACAUCUUGGCACAGCGAGGCCUAUUUUAUAGAGAACCGCUUUUCUCUGCAGUCAUUCCAACAAUGCUGCACAAGCAUCUGGAGGAUUGCCAUUCUGUUAUUGGGGCGACAUGAUGGAAUUCAGCUGUGGGACACAAACAAAGACCUCAACUGACAUAAAAAUGAACAGAGAACUCUGGUGGUAAACACAGCCAUAGGCUGGACAGAGUAUAAACUACAGACCAGGGAAGGAACCAUGGGAACUGAUUGUAUGACGAGAUUGAUGGUCCAGUUUAGGGGUCUAUCCGGGACUAAAAUUGUUCGAUCCCCUCUCUAACAAAAACAUGCACUAUGCUACUGCUUUCAGGCUAAUAAUUAAAUAUUACACAGAGUUAUAUACAGUUUUAAAUGAAGAGAAGCUGAUAACUAUUGAAAAUGAUGUUUGAGACUAGAUUUGUGUCAGUCUUAAUUUUAAUGCCAUUACAUUUCAGUGUUAAUUGUGAAUGUGAAUGUAAUCAGUUUUAUGUGUUUGCUCAUGUGUGUCAGCAUUUGUGGUGUCAGUUUUUGUUUUUACUUUUUUUCUUCUGAUGAAAUUCUUGCUUUUGGGGAGCUUUUUCAAUCUAUAAGUCUAAAUGUAAGGAUGUAUGAACAGGACAUGCAGAUGUGGACUAACAUAUAAGUGAGGAGGUAACACUGCCUUGUGUAUGUCCGUUAAUUCCCUUUGUGUUUCAUGAAGGAUUGUUACUGUUGAAGGAUUGCCACUGUUAUUGUUGAAGGAGUGUUCCUGCAGACAUCAGUCAAAUACAAGCUAGAGAUGAGUUUCUCUGAAGCCUCAUAGUGAAUGGGUUUAUCGAGAGUAAUAUGAAGUGAAGACCUGCGACUUGGUGUGCACAUGAAUGAUACCGUAUGUGUGAUUUGAGUGAUGAUUUGAGUGCGGUGUGAGGAUCUUAAAUCAUGGAUGCGGUCAGACAGCUGAUUGUUUAAUGGAGUGGUCAGAAGGUGAAGGCGUGAGUGAUGCACAAACAAGGUUAAAGGGUUAGUAUCUCAAAUGCACAAAAUGCUUUAGAGGCUUCUUCAGUAAUAGUAGAAGGCCAGAGAGGCUCUGGGGAUGCGGUGACUGUUUGUUUGUGUGGUUUGUGUUUCAGGUAAAUUAUUUUAAGACUAUAUUUUAAACCAUGAAAUAUUAAAUAAAAAUUAAUAUUAAAUGUACUCAACUCUGUGUUUUUCAACAUUUGGUGGAUAGAUUUCUCAGGACUGACCGAAGAGGUCCUCUGAUGUUCAAUUCUUGGGAUUCAUCAAUUUCAUAAUUUUGGAAUUUCAGAUCAGUGAUUUCCUUUAAUGUCUAGACAUGUUGGAUGUGCAUUCAGUGAUCUCCUUUAAUGUCUAGAACUGUUGGAUGUGCAUUCAGUGAUCUCCUUUAAUGUCUAGACCUUUUGGAUGUGCAUUCAGUGAUUUCCUUUAAUGUCUAGAACUGUUGGAUGUGCAUUCAGUGAUCUCCUUUAAUGUCUAGACCUGUUGGAUGUGCAUUCAGUGAUCUCCUUUAAUGUCUAGACCUGUUGGAUGUGCAUUCAGUGAUCUCCUUUAAUGUCUAGACCUGUUAGAUGUGCAUUCAGUGAUCUCCUUUAAUGUCUAGACAUGUUGGAUGUGCAUUCAGUGAUCUCCUUUAAUGUCUAGACCUGUUGGAUGUGCAUUCAGUGAUCUCCUUUAAUGUCUAGACCUGUUGGAUGUGUAUUCAGUGAUCUCCUUUAAUGUCUAGACCUGUUGGAUGUGUAUUCAGUGAUCUCCUUUAAUGUCUAGACCUGUUGGAUGUGCAUUCAGUGAUCUCCUUUAAUGUCUAGACCUGUUGGAUGUGCAUUCAGUGAUCUCCUUUAAUGUCUAGACCUGUUGGAUGUGCAUUCAGUGAUCUCCUUUAAUGUCUAGACCUGUUGGAUGUGCAUUCAGUGAUCUCCUUUAAUGUCUAGAACUGUUGGAUGUGCAUUCAGUGAUCUCCUUUAAUGUCUAGACCUGUUGGAUGUGCAUUCAGUGAUUUCCUUUCCCUGUUGGAUGUGCAUGGGCAUCUGCAUAAAGUAAGUCUAAAGGACAGUGCCACGGUUCGUUCGAGGGACUUGGAAGACACAACAACCACCAGAUGGGUAACUAAAAUGAUUAAGAAGACGUAGAGUAAAGAAUAAGACAACAAUAAUCUGGAAUAAAGCUUUCUGAAUUGC